ACAUUUAAAUACCAUCACUCAUCGUCUCGUCUUCACAACAAUCUUCACAUCCAAAUCUACCUUCUUCUUGUUCUUGUUCUUGGUUUUUUCUCUCAAUUUCUCUGUUCAUCAAAACCAAUUACCAUGGUUGUUCUAUCGCAACCUGCAGUACUAGACCCGUUAUCCAUAAUCAAAACAUGCAAACCCACAAGUGUUUUCAAUGGAAUUCCAGAAAUAGACCUCAAAGACCCUGAAGCCAAGACUCUAAUAGUCAAGGCCUGUGAAGAGUUCGGCUUCUUCAAGCUUGUCAAUCAUGGCGUCCCUUUAAAUUUCAUGACCAGAUUAGAAGACCGAGCUUUGAAUUUCUUUAGCCUCUCCCAGUUUGAGAAAGACAAGGCUGGCCCUCCUGAUCCUUUCGGUUAUGGCAGCAAGAGAAUUGGUCCUAACGGCGAUGUUGGUUGGAUUGAGUAUCUCCUCCUCAACACCAAUCCCCAUAUCAAUUCCCACAAAACCCUCGCGAUCUUCCGCGAAAACCCAGAAGUUUUCCGUUCUGCAGUCGAAGACUACAUAUUAGCUGUGAAAAGCGUGGCGUGUGAGGUAUUGGAAUUGAUCGCAGAUGGGUUGGGGAUUAAGCCAAGGAAUGCGUUGAGUAGGCUAUUGAAGGACGAGAAGAGUGACUCGUGUUUCCGGCUAAACCAUUAUCCACCAUGUCCAGAACUGCAAGCAUUGAGUGGUCGUAAUUUGAUUGGAUUCGGGGAGCACACGGACCCGCAAAUAAUAUCUGUAUUAAGAUCCAACACGACAUCAGGCCUGCAAAUCUGUCUCAGAGACGGGUCCUGGGUUUCAGUCCCAUCUGAUCACUCGUCCUUUUUCAUCAAUAUUGGUGACUCCCUCCAGGUGAUGACUAAUGGAAGGCUACGGAGUGUAAAGCACAGAGUACUGACUGACACAAAGAGUUCAAGGAUUUCAAUGAUUUACUUUGGAGCUCCACCUCUAAAUGAAAAGAUAGCACCUUUACCUUCACUAAUGGAACAAAGAGAAGGAGAGAGUUUAUACAAGGAAUUCACAUGGUCUGAAUACAAAAACUCUGCUUACAAGUCAAGGUUGGCUGAUUACAGGCUCGGACUCUUUGAGAAAACCACCUCCACAAUCCAUUGACGUGUCCCCCCAACAGGUUAUAUAUAUAUAUAUAUAAUAGGGAAUAGGGUCUUAGAGUCAAAGCUGAAAACAUAGGGUUUGAAAAGUGUUGACUUUCAACAUGCCAUAUAUGGAAAACCAAUAGGUUUGCUCUUCCUUUUUUUUUUCUUUUGGUCAUCUUUGUUUAAAUGUAACCUCCAUGCCCCCUCCACAUUAAUGCAAAGUUUAUCAUCAAGAUGUCACCAUAUGUGUACAUAUGAAAAUCUUAUCCACACAAGUUAAUAUUUUAUGGUAGGAUUUUCAAAUAA